AUGAAAAUUUUCACAAUUUUCCUGAUUUUCUUCAUCAAAUCCAGCUCAGCUUUAACAUUCAACAGCUCAUAUUUGAUUUUUAUUGGAUCAAAUCACAGUGACUACAAGAACAUGUCAAUUAGUUCCAAUAUAUCCAGCAUAAUUGGCACAAAAUACUUCGAUUCAAGUAAAUUGACUGUUUUAAUCAUCCACGGAUGGAGAGAAAACUACCAAGAUGAGAUAACAAGCACACUUGUUGAUGCCUUCCUUACAAGACCUGAAUAUAACAUAAUCUUUGCUGAUUGGAGUCGAUAUGCUGAUAUUGGUGAUUAUGUUGCAGCUACUGGAGCGAUUUCUGAAGUAGCCAAAACAUACAUUGAAUUGUUAAAUCAACUUAAGUCAGCAGGAUAUGACUUGACAAAAAUUUAUGCAGUCGGUCAUAGUCUUGGUGCACAUUUGGCUGGGAAAAUUGGAGAACUUUUGCAGUCACGGAACAUUUUGUUGUCUAGAAUCACGGGACUGGACCCAGCUGGUCCACUUUUCACAUAUCCAGUGACAAUAAAUAUUCUAGGCAUCAAAGUCACUCUACCUGGCAAUAAUUUGCUUGUUAAAGGAAAUGCUAAGUAAGUUGAGUCAAAAUGUCCUCGUAUUAAGCCACAACCAGAGUUCGAAGUCGAUGAAAUUUUGUAUUGAGUCGACUCAGCCAUACAAAAUCGAUGAAAAUCUCGAAUAGACUUCGAGCUCUG